AUGCCCUCACCCUUGUGGGAAGACGAGGAGAAGUGGGAGUCUCCGAGGCUGGUGUCAGCAGAGCAGCCGAAGACACAAACUCCUGCAGCAACUGCUGCUGCUGCUGACGCUGCAGCAGCAGCAGCUGCUGCUGCUGCUGCUCUUCCCGCUACAGCAGCAACUGCUGCAGCUUCACCUUCUUUUCCAGCCUCUUUUGAUCAUUCCUGUUUGGUGUCUGCACCUGAAGCAGCAGCAGGAACGCCGCCCCGUGCUGCUGCUCCUUCUUCUGCUGCUACAGCAGCAACAGCAGCAGCUGCUGCAGCAGCAGUUGCUGCUGCUGGAGGCGUUGCUGCUGGACUGCAGCAGGAUGAGGGGCCGCUGCUUGCAGAAGAAGCUGUCUCUGAUCCUCUCGUCAGACACUGCAGCAGCAAAGAUGCAGCAGAAGCCUUCCACGGGGUGGAUUCUCUAAGCGCUGGCGCAGCAGCAGCAGCAGCAGCAGCAGGAGCUGCAGCAGGAACAGCAGCAGAAGGGCAUUUUGGGGACUGGCGCGAUGCACCCGACCCAACAACAGCAGCAGCAACAGCAGCAGCACCAGAUGCAAACCCAACAGAGAAUGGUUUCCCUGCUGCAGCACCUUCGCAGCUGCAGCGGGAGGACAAGGACCUGCAGCAGCAGCAACAGCAGGCAGCAGCAGCAGCUGAACAGAUGCGCCGCUUGCGCCUGCAGCAGCAGCAGCAGCAGCAGCAGCGGCAGCCGCUGACGGUCUGUGCAUGCGGGGGAGAGACGGUGGCUGCUGCGGUGCAGCGGCUUGCUGCUGAUUUGAGGGAGAUGCAGCAGCAGCAGCAGCAGCAACAGGUGAUGCUGCAGCAGCUGCUGCAGCAGCAGACAGCAGGGCAGCAGAUGAUCAAGCAGCUUUUAAGCGCUUUACAAUCAGGGUGCAGCGGCAUUGAGACAGCAGCAGCUGCAAGCGCAGCAGCAGCAGCAGCAGCAGCAGCAGCAGGCAGCAGCACCGAGGCAGCAAGAAGAGGCCUCAGGAGGGGUCAUAUUGUGUCUCCUCCGGGGACUCCUGCUGCAAAUGGAUCGCAUGCAGACAUGCUGCAGCAGCAGCAGCUGUUACAGCAGCAGCAGCAGCGGCUUGCGGAGGAGCGUCGGCAGCAGGAAUUGCAGCAGCAGUUGCUGCUGCAGCAGCAGCGCGAGCGCGAGCAGCAGCAGCGUGAGCAGGAGCAGCGUCGGCUGCUGCUGCUGCAGCAGCAGCAAGAAGAAGAGAGAAAGAGACGCGAAGAAGAACAACGAAAGAAGAAGGAGGCCCUGCAGCAAAAGCAUCAGGCGUUGAUGUCCUUCCUUAUUAAAGGGGGGGCCCCCAGCAGCAUAUUUGCAGAGCCGCAGCCGAAGGGAGGGGCUUCAGGUAGUCUCUUUGAUGAAUAA